AUGGAUACGUCAAGAACGACAACUCAAGAUCCACUAUUACCACUAUGUCCAGCAUCCGAUAUUGAAGAAUUUCUUGAUUUUAUCGUUAAUCCAGAAGCACAUGGUGUAUUGCAAGCCGUCGAUCUUAUUGGAAAUACAAAUAGUGGUGCGACCACUACGACGAAUACAAACUCUUCAUCAAUAGGUGUUCCAUCUUCAUCUAGUAGUGGCGGUUCGAUUGGUGACAAUUCCAAACAGAUUAUUAGUAAUUUAGCGCGAGAAAUGAUGGAAUCAACUGUUUUAGCUGCUCAUCAACCAAAGCCAUCACCUGCCAAAUCGGAACAACAACAAAUACCUCUCACGUCGACUAUCUUACCUACAGAGACGAUUAUAACAUCGACUACAAACUUUGAUUUGCCCAAUGAAUCACCAUUUGUACAAAUAUCAAAUAAUAAUGAUAAUAAUCAAGACAUAACUACACAAUUUCUUAGACAACAAUCUCAGCAACCUAUUCACGAUGUCGUUGGUACACAACAAUUAACAGUUCAAGGAGGACAUGUAACAACAACAUCAUCAACAACAUGCGUGAUUAAACAAGAAUUUCAAGAUCAUCAUGGUCAUCCUCAUCAUCUACUUCAGCAACAGCAACAGCCUCAAUUAUCUCAGAACUGGCUUCAAGCUCCUCAAC